AGGAGGCUCCGCUCUAGGCUCCCCGCCGGGUCCGUGCAGUAAGCGCCGUCACAAACAACCAUGGCCUCCAGCAAGGGAUCGGGUCCUCAGGUGAUCGACAUCUCCAAGCUGAAUUUAGAGCAGCUGACCAACCUCAAGAACCAGCUGGAUCAGGAAUUGCAGUUCUUCAAUGAAUCUUUACAGCAGCUUAAAAUAGCACAACUAAAAUUCAAUGAAUCUGGAGAAUGUGUCGAUAAGGUCACACCUGAAGUCAAGGGCAAGGAGGUGCUCGUCCCUCUGACCAGCUGUAUGUAUGUUCCUGGGACAAUCGCUGAUGCGGAAAAGCUGCUCAUUGACAUCGGAACAGGAUACUACGUGGAACGGGAUGUCCCUGGAGCAAAGGACUAUUUCACCAGGAAGGUCAAAUUCGUCACAGAGCAGAUGGAGAAGAUUCAGAAGAUUGCCGCAGAAAAAAGCAAAUUGAGAGAAGUUGUGAUGGACAUCAUGGAGGUGAAGGUAGACCAGCAGCUGGCAGCCAUCCAGCAGCAGCAGGCAGCUACAGGAGCAGCAAAGGCGUAACAGAGUUGCAGCACAAACAUACACUAUUUGAGGAAUGCUUACUGAAGACUACCCCUUAAAAUGCUGCGUCUUGUUGAGUUACGAUGUUUUGUAUGGCCGUCACGUAUGUCUUUUUGUUUUUAUUUGUAAUGGUUUCGUUUUGUGGUCUAGUCUUGGAGGGCAGAAUCACAAAAGUGAAUGACUUAUGAAGACGAACUAGAUUUUUUUAUUUUGUUUGAGAUAUUACUCUUCUCUGUGUCUAGGUGGAAUCACCAGAAUAAAUGUUAGUUUUUUUAACAUUAUUAUUGUGGUUAUUAUUACUUUUUCUGCUAGAAUUAUUAAUGCAAUUAUUAACAACGUUUAUUCUAGCAAAUAAUGUUUGCUUUUACCCAAUUUUAGAUUAUUAUUAUUAUUAUUCUUUUUUAUACUAUUGUAUAUUUGAAACAUAUUAUAUAAUAAUAUUUCUUGUAAUAGAAUAUUUGGAAUUCAGCACUACUGCUUUUUCUGUGGCAAAGUUACCUGCCUUUGUUUAGUCCUUAAAUAAAAUCCCACAUCAGAAUACUUAA